GCCAGAAAUUGCACCCACGGAAAAAGCUGUUUCCAAGUUAGUUCUCGCAGGCACCAAAAACGAAUUCAGAAAUCUCGUGGGCAGUUCUAGUUUCCAGCUCAACAUUUCGUACCGAGAAGCAGAAUGUCCAAACUCACAUUUCAGAUUGCUCGGGAGCCUCAACGUCUGCACAGAACCAGCAGAGGCGUAUGAUUUUGCCUUUGAUGGAGAAUACAUUUUCUGGAAACACAGCCGUGAAAUCAUCCCUUCUGAUUGGAUAGUGGCAUUAUACAGAGCUGGACAGUCUUCCCAGCCAGGCUCAAUCCAGCAAGCAUAUCCGAUAAAUUUGGCUGUGAAAGGAGACCACGUGAUAUAUAGAUUGGACACCUUGGGCCGAAUGAAGUACAAUGACUCCCUCAAACUUAUCGCCCAAUUUGAGUGCGAGGGAAACAUCCUGACCAGCAGGGCAACCGAGUUCGAAAUCAGACAGAUUGUGGAUGUCGAUGACACUGCAUUCGAGAAAGCAACCACGUCGACAGAUUCAGGCGCUGAAAUGCUGGUUCAAGAUGAGGAUCUAACCUCAUACAAACUACUAUUCGUAUCACUCGUGAUUCUUUUACUCGGCAUGAUUUUUCUCUUAUUCAGCUACUACAGAAAAAAGAAAACUAAACGAAAGUUCAACAAAACUGCAAUUGACCAAGUGAAAGUGGCCGAGAAUGUUGUGAGAUAUUCGACCUUGAGGCGGUCUGUCAAUUCUUACGCAACAAUCAGCACCAGUCGACCUCUGUUACAUAAUCAGAGGGAUAGUUAUCUCAUUGGCAGUACUGAAGAUUCAAUUUAUAUGGAGAUUGGCACCCAGUUUUUCACAGAGCAAACUGAACCCGAAGUUGAGUCUCAAAACAGCGUGCGAAUGGAGACAAAAGAACCCGACGCUCAAAUUCGAGAAUCAGUGGAAUCUCGCCAAGCGGAGCCGAACUACUACAGUUUCAUUGAAGAUGAAAUUGAAGCAGAACACGAAAUGCCAGAACUAAAUGACAACAAUCAAAGCAAAAACAACUACUUUGUUCAGUAUCCUCCUAUGAAAACAUUCAACUCACCAGAAACUCACAUAUACUCUUACCCACGUAAAAAUAGUUCCUUUUAGGCUUCAUUAGACAAAUUGUUAAUUCGAAAAUCGUAUAUUAAGAAUUAUGCCUUAAUUAAAC